UUGCAGCUUGGAGCACUGGAUGCUACGGUGCAUCAGAGUACAGCAAGCCGUUUUGGCAUCCAGGGCUUCCCAACAAUCAAAUAUUUCGCUCCGGGUUCAAGCGAUAGCGAUGCUGAGGAUUACAAUGGUGGACGAACGAGCGCCGACAUCGUCGAAUAUGCUCUUGCCAAAGUUGCUGAAAAUAUGCCGGCACCAGAAGUGAUUGAGGCUCUUUCACAAGACGUUGUUGAUGAUGCGUGCAAGGAGAAGCAGCUUUGCAUUGUUGCCGUUCUGCCGCACAUUUUGGACUGCCAGAGCAAAUGCCGUAAUGAUUAUUUGAAGGUGCUGAAAGAUUCGGCGGAAAAAUACAAGAAAAGUGCGUGGGGUUGGAUAUGGACAGAAGCUGGCAAGCAACCACAGCUGGAAGAAGCGUUCGGAAUGGGCGGCUUUGGUUAUCCGGCAAUGGCAGCGCUGAACUCGCGCAAAAUGAAGUUUGCCAUGCUGAAGGGUUCAUUUGGAGCCACUGGUAUUAAUGAGUUUUUGCGAGACCUCUCCUACGGCAAAGGCCAAACAGCACCAAUGCGAGGCGCGGAGUUCCCGAAAAUCUUAACAGUAGAUGCAUGGGAUGGUAAGGACGGCGAGAUGGUCGUUGAAGAAGAGAUCGAUGUGUCAGAUGUCGAUUUGGACGAGGAAGAAAAGCCGAAGGAGAAAACCGAGUUGUAA